AGCGCGGGCGGGGCGAGGCCGAGCGCGAUGGGGGCCCGCGGGCCGUGCCCGCCGCUGGCCCCGCUGCUGGUCCCCGUGGUGGUCCCGGCGCUGGCCCUGCUGGCCCUGGCGGGGCCCGCCCGCGCCCUGCAGAAUGUCACGGCGCAGCUCUUCGGGCCCGAGGCCCACGGAACGCUGGCGGCCUUCGGAGACUUCAACUCGGACAAGCAGACGGACCUGUUCGUGCUGCGCGGCGGAAAUGAGUUGGUUAUCUUCCUGGCUGACCAGAAGGAACCCUACUUCAAGCCCCGUGUUAAGUUACCAAUGAAAUCCCUGGGUGUUACCAUAACCAGUGUAGUUCCUGGAGAUUAUGAUGGAGAUUCCCAAAUGGAUGUCCUUCUGACUACCCAGGCACAAAGUCAUGGCAGAGAUGAACUUUCAGUGUUUAUUUUCUGGGGACACAACCAAACAUUAGAUCUUAACCAUAGAACUAUGUUAAAUAAGACUUUUCACGAUGAACCUCUAGUAAUGGACUUUAACGGAGACUUGAUUCCUGAUGUCUUUGGUGUCACCAGCGAUUCAAACAAGCCACAGAUACUGAUUGGCGGGAAUUUGUCAUGGCAUGCUGCUCUGGAAACUCAGAGUAAAAUGUAUAUACCACACUCCCAUGCUUUUAUAGAUUUAAAUAAGGACUUCACUGCUGAUUUGUUCCUUACUACAUCCCCAAAUUCCAAAACCAUUCAGUUUGAGACGUGGGUAAAUAAGGAUGGGAACUUCACUAAAGCUGGAAAAAGUAAGGAAAUGCCAAGUGGUGCGAAAGUUGUUGGACAGUCCGUGUUUGCAGAUUUUGAUGGGGAUGGACAGAGUGAACAUUUAUUACCAGUUUGUGAAGAUGAAGCAUGUCAAAGAAGUGCCAUCUACCUAACUAAGCUGGGAUUGGAUCAGUGGAUUCCUGUCUUACAAGACUUCAGAAAUAAAGACACAGUCUGGGGCUUUGUACCAUAUCAAAAUGACAAAUCUUCAACAGAAACUUCAUUUCCAAUUACCCUUCAUAUUGGAGAUUACAAUAUGGAUGGCUACCCAGAUGCUCUUGCUAUCCUAAAGAACACUUCUGGAAGCAACCAACAAGCAUUUUUACUAGAAAACGUCCCCUGCAACAACGUGAGCUGCAAGAGCAUCCGUCGCAUGUUCAAAGUGUUCUGGGAGCUCUCAGAUCUAAACCAGAUCAAAGAUGCAGUGGUAGCAACUUUCUUUGACAUAUAUGAAGAUGGAAUUUUGGAUAUCAUUGUGCUAAGCAAAGGCUACUCCAACAAGGACUUUGCUAUCCAUACAUUGAAAAAUAACUUUGAAGCAGAUGCCUAUUUUGUUAAAGUUAUUGUUCUCAGCGGCCUCUGUUCUAACGACUGUCCUCGGAAAAUAACACCCUUUGGAGUUAAUCAGCCUGGUCCUUACAUCAUGUACACCACUGUAGAUGCAAAUGGCUACCUGAAAAAUGGGUCAGCUGGACAGCUCAGCCAGUCAGCACAUUACUCUCUGCAGUUGCCCUACAACGUGCUGGGUUUGGGACGCAGUGCCAACUUCCUGGACCAUUUGUAUGUUGGCAUUCCUCGUCCCCUGGGAGAAAAGUCCAUAAGAAAACAGGAAUGGACAGCUAUCAUACCAAACUCCCAGCUCAUAGUCAUUCCCUAUCCUCAUAACGUUCCUCGAAGCUGGAGUGCCAAGCUGUAUUUGACCCCAAGUAACAUUGUACUGCUCACAGCUAUAGCCUUAAUUGGUGUCUGCGUUUUCAUCCUGGCAAUAAUUGGCAUAUUACACUGGCAAGAAAAGAAAGCAGAUGACAGAGAGAAGCGACAGGAGGCUCAUCGGUUCCAUUUUGAUGCUAUGUGACAUGCCUUAAUAUUUAUGAAGGAGCUGCUACUCAUUUGCUUAAUUGAAAUACUGAAUUCUGGGUUUUAAGAUUAUUACCGUGAAAAUACUGUUGGUGUGUUAUUUGUAAAUGUUGCAUUAUUUGGUAUUUAUUUGCAAAGUAUUAAAAUUAGACCUGAAUGUCUCUCAAGGCCUUUCUGUUAACAGCCUGUAUAUAAUAGCAUUUGGCCUUUAUUUAACAGAACUGUACAUUUCUUUUUCUUAGUAAAGGGAUCAAGUUGCAUGAACUUGUUUAUGUACCAAUUCUUUAGUAAUAUUUGAUAGAAAGAAAUAUGUGUAAAUCAAGUGUUGCCAUCUCAGCAAGCAAAAUACUUUGUACCACUUGAAUUGGUCUCGUCAUUUAUUCAUUCCUGCAAAAUAACCUGAUUUCUGAAAAUUAAACAUGAGCAAUUUCUCAGAUGACUUAAUUGUUAAUUCUUUUGAUUGUAUUAAAUGGUGCUUAAUCUAAAGUAUUCUGUAUUUUUCCUUGUUUAAAUCCAUCUCUGCAGUAGUUAAAGAACUUAGGAAUUAGAGAACCAAAAGAAACCUGCAAUGUAAUGCUGGUUCAGUCAUCAUGGGAUAGAUGCAGUAUUUAUGUGUGCUAGUUCUGGAGAGAAGACAACACAUUAAAAAAUUAAAAUCACAAAAAUGUAUCAGGAUUACAUAAACUGCUUUUAUAAUUAAAGUAUAACCAUAUUUAUUUUAGAACGGUCCAAAGUCAUUAUGAAAAUACAUAUGAGAAAGAUACAGGAUUAUUUGUUUGCUUUUGUUUUUCAACAAGUUAAAAGAAACAUUUUUGAGUAGAAAGAGAAUGAGGAUUGACACCUAAAAUUUAUUGCUAAGUGAUGAGAUGUACAAAGGUAAAAUAAGACUGUAGUAGGAACUCAGAACAAGCAAUGCACAUCAUCUAUGGACACUCCUAUGCCCAGAUGUCAUAAUAAUUACAUAAGAUGAGUAGCUCAACUCUAAAUAUUUAAAAUGGUGAUGAGGUUACUGUUGCACAGUGUACUUGGGAUCCUCGAAGAGUCUCUUAAGAAUAAUCAUGCUUCUCUUUUCCAUGAGUUUACAGUCUCCUAAGUUUUACUAGAUAUUUCCACUAUGCACUGCUCAGAUGCCAACACAGGAGACUUUCAUAUCACAGGACUGGGAUUAUUCAGGACAGAAUAUUUACUUAAUGUACACCUUUAAUAUUUCUCUAAGUGUCAUGAAAAGAUAAGAUUUUUUUUUUUAGAGAAAUAGUUAAUGCUAUUGGACUUAUUAAAUGACAUUGAUAGAAUUGGCUCCCAUCAGCAAAAGAAAGAACAGAUUUCAUUAUUAAAAAGAUGCAGAAUUUAAUAUAUUUUCCUGUCUUUUUCAGAUGGUUGGAGAAUAAUGCUAAAUGCAUAAUGCCACUGUGGCAGCAAAGUUGUCUGUAGCCCUCUAUCACAAUAUAAUACACACAGAUUAGCUUCCUUAUUUUUUUUUAAAAAGCAAUUAGGAAUAAAAUAACCUCAUGCUGACAUUUAAGCUGUUGUCAGGUUUACAAAACAACGAACUCACAUCUUUUGCUCUGAGGUAUUUUGCAUGCUCAGUAGUGCAUCAUUGCAUCACUAUAUACAUCACUGGUGCUUUAAUAGCUGUCUUAUAAUAAAGUUUUCCACAGGUUCUAACUACUCCUAGCUUGGCCCACACUGUAUAUGCAUAUGAUUUUGAAUUAAGGAAUUAAAUAUUGUUAAACUUCUUG